UUGAAGCCGUUUCUGACGGCUCAUUCUGCCGGGCGGUGAAGGUGAUCUGCAGCAUGAUGCAAAAGCACGAGAUUUGAGGGGGAAAGACCUCGGUCUCCUUCUGUUGCUCACUGACGUCUAGGAACCUCAGUGUUUCGUGCCGACGGUUACUACUCCCCACCAGGGGCGUUAAUUAUGGAGUAAGCAGCAUUAUGACAUUGUAUCUUACCAGCCGUUCUGUGCUUCGCCGGAACUUUGGAGACUCCCGUCUCGGGGAGAAUGCUGGAUUGAUGAAGAUGGUGGCCUUGAGGACGUCUGCUGGACGUAAAGCCACUGCUAGGCAAUUCUCGAAAUCAUGGAAACAAUAUCAAAACCAAAACAACCAAGAGAACCCAGCGCCGAAGGGCUUCGGAUCCCGACUACGAUUUGCGCUCCGAAACACUAAGGUGGAAUGGUAUCCGAUUCCGAUAGGACUCGGCAUUGGUCUCCUGGGUAUACUCCAUUUUUACAAGUCGCAAAGGGCGGAACGGGAACGCCGAGAAAGAGAAGCUGAAGAUGAGAUCACAAACCCACCUCCACGACAUAGAAUCAGGCCAAGCGGGCCAUGGCAGGUUCAGAUUAUGUCGACCCUGCCACUGAAAGCAAUAUCCCGGCUAUGGGGCCGCUUUAAUGAGCUUGAGCUUCCAGUUUUCCUUCGCGCUCCUGGAUUCAAGCUCUAUUCAUGGGUUUUUGGCGUCAACUUGGAUGAAGUAGAACAACCGGAUCUGCGCACCUACCCGAACCUGGCGGCCUUCUUCUAUCGCAGAUUGAAGCCCGGUGCCCGGCCCUUAGACCCCGAUACCCGCGCAGUUAUCUCGCCAUCGGAUGGACGUAUUCUUCAGUUCGGUCUGAUCGAGCGUGGUGAAGUAGAACAGGUCAAGGGAGUUACAUACAGUUUGGAUGCACUUCUGGGGGCAGCUACACCUUCACAUGCUGACCACUCCAAGAAGUUCACCGAUCACUCGACAGAACCUUCGCAGAAAGAUGCAGCUGACAUGGCAGCCGAUGAGGAGUUUGCCACCAUGAAUGGCAUUCCCUACACGCUACCAACUCUCUUCGCCGGUGAUCAGGGCGGCGCAAGGAAGCGCUCAGCAUCGUUGGACGCUUCAACAGGAUCAAAGGCUGCAGCAGAAGCCGAAGUCAGGGCUGAUCUGGCUCGUGGGGACGGCACUCCAUGGUAUGCGCCGAAACCCAAGUCGAAUAAUGCACUUUACUACGUCGUGAUCUACCUCGCACCUGGCGAUUACCACCGUUUCCACUCCCCCGUGCCCUGGGUGGUCGAGAGCCGCCGACACUUCGCGGGUGAACUGUAUUCCGUCUCUCCAUACCUGCAGCGUCACCUUCCAGGACUCUUCACUCUCAACGAGCGGGUUGUCCUUCUGGGACGUUGGCGCUGGGGAUUCUUCAGUUAUACCCCCGUUGGUGCUACCAAUGUGGGUUCUAUCAAAGUGAACUUCGACUCCGAGCUGCGCACAAACAGUCUCACCACGGACACCGCCGCAGAUAUGGCGGCAGCUCUCGCUGCUAAGCGAGGUGAGCAGUAUCCCGGUUUCGUUGAGGCAACCUACCUGCACGCCAGCAGGACCCUCGGAGGCCAUCCGCUCCAGAGGGGAGAGGAGAUGGGAGGAUUCCAACUAGGCAGUACGAUUGUCCUGGUCUUUGAGGCUCCUAUGGGCACCCGCAAGUCGUUCGACGCAGGAUAUCAAGAAGGAAAACGCGAGGGUGGCUGGAACUGGACCAUCGAGAUGGGUCAACGCAUCAAGGUCGGUGAGAAACUAGGGUAUGUAGAUACCGAACAGUGAAAUACUGGGCUAUACGACACUUGAGAUAUCACGCCCGGUCUGGCCAGGA